CUAUAAUCUAAUUAUAGGUUUGAAAUACGGAGUACCACCGAUAAUGGCACCGCCCUGCCUAAUUGGGAAAGUAGUCAAGUAUGUCCGAAAAUGCAUGAAUUCUACCAAUUUUCUCAAUUUUAAUCACAAAAUGAUUGAAUAGUAGCCUCCCAUUCAAUCGAAAAUUCCCCAAAAUACUCCCAAUUCAGAAAUAUUCUCCAGUACAUGACAAAAUUAGCAACUUGAUUGUUGUGAUAAAUCAAUCCUUUCCAAAAAUGGCUAUUUCCAGCAAAAAAGUUGAACUAAUUCAAAUCGCUAUUCAAAAAUUUAUUGAAUCCGAAGAAUCCUCAACCGCUGAAACUUCCACCACCAGUGACGUCAGUGGUGACGAACGCCAGUUCCUCGUCAAAUUGCUUUCUCAGUUGGAAACCAUGAAAGAAGAUGAAGUUGCCAACCAAUCUGAACAACUAAUUGAACAAAAGGAGGUACCUUCAGGUAAAGCUAGUGAAGUAGAAACAACUAGCAACAAUGAAACUGAAACGCCUAAGAAAAAAACAGGGGUUGAAGCAGAAGAUGUAGUUAAAGAACUGAAAAAGUUGGAGAAACAGAAUAGAACAACACAUUGGUUGCUUUCAGCUCUUAUUGUUCUCACAGUGGCUUGGCAAGUAUCUGAAGUUUCCCUCUUACUAAAGCUGAAACAAGGCUUUCGUAACCCGUUUAAAUCCCUCGGAAACAUGGUUGCUGGAAUGGUUAAACACCAUACAGUUACUGAAGAAGAAGCAGAAAAAAGUUCAUUGCUAUCAACGGUUAAUGGAGAGAAGCCUCUUAAACUUCCCCACAUGGAUUUAACAGGAUUGAUUAAAACUGAUGGAGAAUGACAGGUGCUGCAUUUCCUUUUUCGACUUUCUCACAUUGGCAAUAUGUACAUUCUUUUUUUUUUACUGUGAGUUGAGUUAAGAAAUCUAUGAUGUUUGCUUGAGGGGGAACUUCUUGUAUGUUUACAACAUUAUGAUGAUCAAGAUUGUGCCAUAUUGGAACGGACGAGUAGAGACUAAAACACUUGUUAACUUUGAAAGUAAUUUUGUUUGGUAAUCGUGUGAAUGUUGGCAAUGUUGGCAUUUUCUGA